AAGGUUUUUUAUUCAUUUCCAUGAGUUCAUUUUUCAUCUCAAAUAAUCACUAAUGCCUUGUGCUAACGACAGUCGACUUUUUGAUGGGAGAAGAUCAUAUUAAACGUGAUCCUGUUCUCCUUCAUUCCUCAACGCUCGCCCUUCAAAAAUGCCUGUCUCUGUGUUCGUAAAGUCGAGUUUGGCUCGAGCUUUCUUGACAGGCCACGCAAUCUUCGCUAUUUAUCUUGUAGUCAGCAUCAAAGAGGACAAGAAAUACUGGUGGCUUGCCGCCAUUUUGUUCCCGCUUGUGGUCGAGUCUAUAUUUACUGUUGGCUAUCGCAGAAGUAAGGAAUAUAAAUGGAUUUGUCCCAGUCUAUUGUUCCACUUAGUAACAGUCGUUCCUUGCACCUAUAUCUUGGAAUAUUCCUUGUUAGACAUGCGAAUUGAAUCAAAACGGAAAGGGGAAACCGCACUACCGCAAGAAGAGAUCUGGUUCGAGAACAUAACUGACGUCAUGGAGCAGACAAUCCUAUUGGUGAUGAUUUUCGGGCGAUGGAUGAUGCCAAAGGGGAAACUAACGCGAGACGAACUAUCCCAAUUGUUGCUCAUCAACAUGGCAUCCGCAGCGGAUAUCAUCGAAUUCUUUGAUAUAAUCAAUAUCAACGCGGUCAGCUAUGACAAAAAGAUGAUCACGUACGUCUUGGUGUUGUGGUCGUGGAGUUUACUCCAGUUUCCGCUGAAUACCGCGGUCGCAUUUGAUAAGCUCAUCUCUGGCGAUGAGCCGAAGCCUGUGCAACCGACGGUCGGAAGAUUAUCGUCUCUACCCUCAUAUAUCGUGAAACGUAUGUCGUUGAACAUUUACGAACGAGAGUUUGAUGAGGAAGAGAACGUGAAACCAGCCUUUGGAGAGUUUGCGAGCAUCACUGUUGGGCUUUUACUCCAAGACGCGCCAUACUUGGUGAUGAGACUGUUCAUAAUCUCCUACUACAAGACGUUUGGUUAUAUGAUUGUAUUUCUGGCGGUGAAGAACGGUUUGUUUUUCAUACUAGAGGUGUACAGGCUUUGCGUGCUGUUUUGUCAUUGUAAGGACAGCCACGAGCAUGAUCCUUCACCAGAUAGCAGAGUUCAAACACAAGGACGAUUUAAUAACAUACAGAUUGCAAUACCGCAUGCAAUCUUGAAGAAUAAGGUUUCCCCGAAAGACGUUACAAAAGAAAACUUUAGCACAACAAGCAGUGUUGAAAAUACUCAACCUGUCCCGACCUGCACUCUCGGAUAAAACCCUUGAGACUAUUCCCGAGUAACUGCAAAGAAAAUCCACGCGAGCAAAACAGUUUCUUGUUUUUGAAAUUUGACUUUCCAGUUCAAUACUACAAUAUUUUAUGCCUCGUACAGACGAGCAUUUUUCUAGGCAGAAAAAUAUCAAUCCUGAGGCUGGGCAAAUAGUGAAACGCAAAGAAAUGUUUGAAAUGUCUUUUUUUCUGUCAGUUUUUUAUCGAGGUUCUCACAGUUUGCUGGUUCAGACAAAUGGCCGCACACCGUAGUACACAC